AUGUCAAAGUCUAUAGAGUGUAAAUGUUCGAAGGAUGACUCCUGGAGUGAGGAAGCUGAUGAGGCUGGUGGUGGUGAUGAUGAUGGUGGUAAUGGUAGUAUUGAUGGUGAUGGUGAUGAUGAUUGUAAUGGUGGUGAUGAUGGUAAUGGUGCUAUUGGUGGUGGUAUUGAUAAUGGUGAUGAUGAUGGUAGUAAUGAUGCUAUUGGUGGUGGUAGUGGUGAUGGUGAUGAUGGUGGUGGUAGUAAUGAUGCUAUUGGUGGUGGUAGUGGUGAUGGUGAUGAUGAUGGUAGUAAUGAUGCUAUUGGUGGUGGUAGUGGUGAUGGUGAUGAUGGUGAUGGUAGUAAUGAUGCUAUUGGUGGUGGUAGUGGUGAUGGUGAUGAUGGUGAUGGUAGUAAUGAUGCUAUUGGUGGUGGUAGUGGUGAUGGUGAUGAUGAUGGUGGUAGUAAUGAUGCUAUUGGUGGUGGUAGUGGUGAUGGUGAUGAUGGUGGUGGUGGUAGUAAUGAUGCUAUUGGUGGUGGUAGUGGUGAUGGUGAUGAUGGUGGUAGUGAUGAUGCUAUUGGUGGUGGUAGUGGUGAUGGUGAUGAUGAUGGUGGUAGUAAUGAUGCUAUUGGUGGUGGUAGUGGUGAUGGUGAUGAUGGUGGUGGUAGUAAUGAUGCUAUUGGUGGUGGUAGUGGUGAUGGUGAUGAUGGUGGUGGUGGUAGUAAUGAUGCUAUUGGUUGUGGUAGUGGUGAUGGUGAUGAUGGUGGUGGUAGUAAUGAUGCUAUUGGUGGUGGUAGUGAUUCAAGCCACUACCAGACAAUCAUGUUCAGCUGA